CAGAAACCUUUCACCUUUAUCACUGAAACUGCUUACCAAGACGACUUAAUUAUCCAUAACUUCUUUAAAAGUUCAGUAUGGAAAUCGUCAUUUUCUUUGCUUUACUGGCAACAGCAUGUGGCUCUCCAAGGCAUCCUAUGGAGAACCCCGAUCUCUACCAUGGAGAUAUCCUGGGCAUUGAAAGCGCAGAAGAUCGUAAUGCUCUUCCGGACGAGGCUAGAAGAUGGCCUGGUGGAAUUAUUCCCUAUAAAAUUGAUCUGGCAUUAGAGGACAAUAAGGAUGACAUCGAGAAAGCAAUGAAAUAUAUCUCAGACAGAACUUGCGUUAAGUUCGUACCCAGAAAAAACAGAGAACCAGACUUCAUAAGGGUAUUUUAUGGAGAUGGGUGUUAUUCCCACUGGGGUAAAACGGGAAAGGCCCAGCCCCUCUCCUUGGGUCUUGGAUGCCAUUCCUUUGGGACCAUCAUCCACGAACUCAUCCAUGCGGUCGGUUUUGAUCACGAGCAGAACAGAUCCGAUCGUGACGACUACCUGUUGAUAUUCUGGCAAAAUAUUGACCCAGAAAAUGCGGAUCAAUUCGCCAAACUGAAACCACACGAGAACCGACUCAUCAACACUUUUGACUACGACUCCAUCAUGUUGUACGGUGAGAAAACCUUCUCCAGGGAUGGCCGUUCUAAAACGAUGAAGUCGAAGAAGAAAGGAAUCAGACUGCUGGAUGUUGGUGAAAAGAACAUACCCAGUGCCAGUGAUAUUCACCGAAUUAAUGUCCUUUAUGAUUGCAAAAAAUUCUUAUAACAACUUAAAUUAACUGCAUUGCUUAUCUAAAUAAAAUGUUAACAAUG